AAGCUUUUUGCAAGAUCUGAUUCUGGAGCUGUGGCUGAUUGCAAUGGGAAGCAGCGUUGGGGAGAACAAAGUUUGCAACACUUGGGCACUUGACUACUGGUCUCCUUCAUGCCCGUGGGAACGACCGAUUGCUAAACAGAGCAGCCAGCCGGGUAACUGACACUACUGAUGACUUGCUGCUGUUGCAAACUUUCAGCUAUUUUAAUGUAUUAAAAUCCAGGAUCCUAAAUAAGCAGUUCCCCCAACCCGCUCCCCCUUCUAGGUAGGCGAGAGAGAUUUUUAUUCUGUGGACUAGCAAAGUUCCUGCAUGGAAAUUUACUGACUUGAGUGGUCUCCGUUUUGGGCUAAGGGGAAGGGAAGGAUUUUUUUUUUUCAUCGCACUUUAAUUUUGUUUCUCUGGAUCACAGGAUUUUUGAAGCUAUAUGGAGGGAUCUCAGGAUGGUUUGCAACAGGAAAACCAAAACUUUAGUGUCCACUUGUGUGAUCUUGAGUGGAAUGACUAACAUCAUCUGCCUGCUCUACGUGGGCUGGGUCACCAACUACAUUGCCAGUGUCUAUGUGAAAGUGCAAGAGCCGAUCUCAGAGAAAAAGUUAGAGGAAGACAAAGGGGACACUUUAAGGAUUAUAGAAAGGCUGGAUCACUUGGAAAAUGUCAUCAAGCAGCACAUACAAGAAGCUCCACCAAAGCUGGAAGAAAAUCCUGCAGAAGCUUUCACUGACUCAUCCCUCUUUGCUCACUGGGGCCAGGACCUCAGUCCUGAAAACAGACGCAUUGCCCUUAAACAAUUCCAGUAUUAUGGCUACAAUGCUUACUUGAGUGAUCGCCUACCAUUGGAUAGGCCACUACCUGACCUGAGGCCCAAUGGGUGCAGAAACCUCACAUUUCCCAACAGCCUUCCUGAGGUCAGCAUUGUUUUCAUAUUUGUUAACGAAGCCCUCUCAGUGAUUCUGCGCUCCAUUCAUUCUGCUAUUGACCGGACUCCUCAUCACCUGCUCAAAGAAAUUAUCUUAGUGGAUGAUAACAGUAAUAAUGAAGAACUCAAGGAGAAACUAAAGGAGUAUGUUGACGAGGUGAAUAUGCGGAAGCCUGGAUUCAUCAAGGUGGUCCGACACAGCAAGCAAGAGGGGCUGAUCCGGUCUCGAGUUAGCGGAUGGAGAGCAGCCACAGCACCAGUCGUUGCGCUCUUUGAUGCUCAUGUGGAAUUCAGCGUGGGAUGGGCUGAACCAGUGCUCACGAGGAUAAAGGAAAACAGAAAAAGGGUCAUUUCUCCAUCAUUUGAUAACAUCAAAUAUGAUAAUUUUGAAAUAGAGGAAUACCCCCUAUCUGCGCAGGGGUUUGACUGGGAACUGUGGUGUCGAUAUCUGAAUCCUCCAAAAUCAUGGUGGAAGCUGGAAAACUCAACUGCUCCGAUAAGAAGCCCUGCACUGAUUGGAUGCUUCAUAGUAGACAGGGAGUACUUCCAAGAGAUUGGCUUACUAGAUGAAGGCAUGGAGGUCUAUGGAGGAGAGAACGUGGAGCUUGGGAUCAGGGUAUGGCAAUGUGGAGGUAGUGUUGAGGUGCUGCCUUGUUCCAGGAUUGCCCAUAUUGAAAGAGCCCAUAAGCCGUACACAGAAGACCUCACUGCUCAUGUCCGAAGGAAUGCUCUAAGAGUGGCCGAAGUCUGGAUGGAUGAAUUUAAAAGCCAUGUUUACAUGGCAUGGAAUAUACCCCAAGAGGAUUCUGGAAUUGACAUUGGUGAUAUUUCUGAGAGGAAGGCCCUGAGGAAAAAACUGCAGUGCAAGACCUUUAGGUGGUAUCUUGUCAGUGUGUAUCCAGAAAUGAGAAUGUACUCAGACACGAUCGCCUAUGGGGUGCUGCAGAAUUCCCUGAAAAGUGAUUUGUGCCUUGAUCAGGGGCCAGACACAGAAAAUAUUCCAAUCAUGUAUAUCUGCCAUGGAAUGACACCACAGGACCCUAUGCAUUUCAAAGUGCACCGAUAUGCUGACUAGAGAGUUUCUUAUAGCUGAUUACCACAAGGCCAGUGCAUGUAUCCUACAAGGAGAAGAGUCACAGUAAAAUAAAUAAAUAAAAUGUGCAUAAGCACACUCCAGAAAAAUCAUUAUAGGGUAAUAGCAUAAGAUGCACCGGACCAAGAGAAGAAUUCAGGGCUUGUCAUGCAUUUCAGUACUUUGGUUUUCACACAGCAUUCAUAUAUUUGAUAGAUUUAAUUGCAAAUAAGUCAGGGGUAGAAUGCAUUUUAAUAAAGGAUGUGUUUGUGGACUUAAAUAAAACCCUUAGAAAUAUGUAUAAGGAUGAAUUCAUACAAUCAUAAAAAACAAGUUAAAAAUGGAAAAGACCCAUUAGGUCAUUAGCCCAUCUGCUUGACAAUUCAGGAUUUUUCCCUAAGCUACUAGUAUUUGUUCCUAAUAUUUUCUCCAUUCUAGUUUUAAAUAUUCCAGGCCAAAGAGCUUCCUCUAUUUCCCUCGGGGGACUAUUCUACCUGUCAGGAAGUUUUCCCUGAUAUGCAGCCUAAAUUUUCCUUUCUUCUCAUUACUUCUAGCUAUAGCCUCUUUUUCCAUCAUGAAUAAUUUCUUGCUCUGUGCUAACCCUUUUCAAAUAAUUGAAGAGUCUGAUCUGGUUCCCCUUUUACUCAUCGCUUAGUCAAGCUAUUUGGCACCAGCUCUUGAAAUUGCAUAGCUGUGGAAUGUGUAAAUGGCUACUCUUUUCUUUUAGCAUGAUUCACACACAUGGGAUGAUUACACUCUUUGAAAAGGGAAUUGUGAAGUUAAAAUAUAAGAGUGCAUAGCACUGUUUUGUGGCCAGUGGCAAGUAUGUCAAACAUCCCUUUGUAAUUAAUAAUGCUUUCAAAAGUCCCAAAGAACUGCUCUCAGACUGCAUAAUGGAAUAACCAGAGAUUGUCUCACUGCACAGAACAACAGCUGUUUUUAAGAGGCAUUAGAAUGAAUAAUGAGUGAGCCUAAAAUGUUUGAGGUUAACCAAACUUUCACCAACUCCCUUCACAUGAUUGCUGUACUACUUAUAAAGAAUUAAUAUGUAUUAUUAGCCCUUCCAUACAAGAAUCUCAGAGUACUUGAAUGAAUGAAUAACUAUGCCUGUGUAUAUUAUUGUCACCAUUAUACAGAUAGGAAAACUGAGGCACAAUUUUUCUGUGGUCACACAGUGAGGCAGUGGUGGAAUGGAGAAUAGAAUCCAGAGAAUCUUGACUCUUAGUCCCCUGUUCUGUCCACUAACAAGAGCUACCAGGCCAACAUGACCAUCUCCACCCAGUUUCUACUACGUGUGACCCAUAUCUUGUCUUCUAUUAUUCAGCCUUUGCAACUGGCCAAUUUGUCAUUUGUCCCAGCUUCUAGCUCUCUCCAUCCCACCAGGACUCCUAGUCUUUGCUUCCUGUCUUUAUUUUCAGCUUAGUAUUUUGAGGCCAAAUUCCCUUUGGUGUAAAUUGCUAUAGCUCCAUUAAGUUCAACAGAACUGCACUAAUUUGCAGCAGCAGAGAAUUUGGCUCAUAAUUGUUUUGUAAAAUAGAAACAAUGGAGAAAAGGAGAAAAAUGCACACUUACAUAUGCAGACCAGGAUACGUUACAAUGAAGAAAGGUGAAAAUUGGCUUUUUACCUACAUAUGUGAUUUAAAUGCACGUUUAAAGUUGUCAUAAACUUUGCGAGUGGUUAUGGGAGUUGGUGUGUACUUUACACAGCACAAAAUACUCAGUAACUUCUUAUUCUUUUCAAUCAAUGUAAUUAUUCAUUGGACUCCAGAUGAAAAUGUUCCUUUCUGUUAUGUUUGGAAGCAUAAAUCCUACCCAGUUUGUUCUUCCUAACAAUGGAAUGUAUCCAGAGGCAAAGAAUUUCUUCAGCUUUGUAAAAUAAUUUUGUGGCUAUUAUCCAAGUAUCUAUAAAUAUUUAUGUUCCCACCAAUUUGCUCCUUUGAAUAUUAAUAAAGGCAUAGUCCUAGUUAGACUCCUCCAAUUCUACGUUCAUUUUUUCUACACCAUGGGGCUUCAUAAGUUCCCAGAAUGCGGGAUGAAGUAAAGGCACCAAGAUGCAGCAGAGAAACAACUGUAUGCUGCAAUGCAUCUUGAAUGGAAGGAGGAUUUAGAAGCCAGAGAUGAGGGAGACUGAGGCAAGGAGGAAUGAGAGAAAGCUGACCAGUCAAACAGAAGAGAGAAAGAUGCUAGUUGGGGGCCACACUAUAUUUUAAAAUCCAUAGGAGCGAGUUUCAGAGGUUGGGUCUACAGAGUUGGGCUCGCAGGGCUCGUGCUUUGGCUCCAAAAGCAGCAAUGUAAAACAUUGCAGCUCAGACUGGCAUUCUGGCCCUGAAGUCCAGGGGGAGGGAGGGUAGGCUUCAGAGCCCAAGCUCCAGCCCCAGUUGCAUUAUCUACCCAGCUGUUUUUUAGCACCAUGGCAUGAGCUCCGCAAGCCAAUUCUGUAGACCUGAGCUCUGAGAUGCAUUGCAGUGGGUUUAAAAUAGAGUGUAGAUACACAGUAAAGGGCUAGAUCCUCAGCUGGAGUAAAUUGGUGUGGCUCUAUUCUAGCCCAAAGAGUUUGAUAGAAGAAGUAGAACUAACUUGAUCACUUCACUGCUCCUUGAUCCUGCCUACGCUACACCAUGACAGGGUGUCAGGAUUGGAUGGAUGUCACUUCCAGAGAGAGGAGUAAACAAGGAAUAGAAAUAAAAAAGAAAAAUAGUGAGUGAAAAUCCUCGGCAAUAAGGGGAUGGUUUGUUUUCUUCUUAGUCCCUGCCCUCCACUUCCAUCCCACCAGAACAGGAAGGGCUGACAAGGAUUUUAAACAUCUUGGUUUAACAUUCACAGUUAGCCCCUCAUUGGGGCUUUUCAAUAUUAACAUGUGUUAGAAGUUAAUUUAAAAUAAAACAAUGGUCAUUAUGCAGGAAUUGUGUGUCUGCAUGGAGGUGUUCUGGAAGGCAUUCUACCUGGAACUUGUGCUGACUACAUUAGAGCUGGUCAAACAAUGAAAAUGAUUUCACUCACAAUUUUGUAGAAGUUUUAGAUUUUUCAAUGAAAAAAAAUUCAUUUUGUUUCAAAUUACAUUUUGGUUUUUUGAAAAAUGAAAAUUUGAGUUAAAAAUGCAGUGAACAUUUUCAUUUUGUUUCCUUUAGAAUUUUUUAAAAUAAAAAAAAUCUAAAGCUUCAUUGAAAUCGUAUCUGUUUUCAUUAAAUAUUUUGAUGGAAAAUGUUUUGGGUCUAAAUAUUUUAAACUGCUCUAUCUAAGUCACUUCCAAGUCAUCAAGAAUGAAGUGCUUACCUCCAUUGCACCCACUGCUAGCUCUGUAUGCAACUUGUUCCUGCCAGCACUAUUACACAACCUGGGAGAAAGGUCUGCUUUAAGUGAACUAGUAUACGCUCUUAAAGAAAGGUCUGGGUUUGGUUUCAUUUGGAGGAAAGACUGAAGUUUAAGACCAUGCUUCUUCGUAAGAAUCAAUAAGCUGACCCACUGGAUAGAAUUAGAGAUGGGCCCUAGCAGCAAUAUUCAGAUCCCAAUUUUAAACUUCUGGCUUUUCGCAUCCAGGAUUUUGGUUUGACCUAUUCUAGAGAUAGGCUCAGUUGAAAAAUUGGAAUCUAGAUCUUACGUUCUUCUGUUCUGAUUAUGCUCUUUUUUUCUACCUUGACCCCCCCAGUGGGUGAUUGGAUGUGGCACUUUGUUUUGGGCUCAUCUCUAAAACACUCAGAUCCUUUCAAGAGUCGUGAUAUCAUAUAGCGAGUGCAGCAAAUGAAUGUUCCGCCAACCAAGCAAUUCAUGGAUAACCAUUUGUAAUGAGGUCAGGGGAACAAUACAGGAACAAUUAAUUAUGAAUCUGUUAGUUUUCUUUUCCAAGUGUAACUUCUAGAAUGGCUAUUGCCAAGCUCUUUUUGGAUACUGUUGAAAAUAUUCUCAUCUCCGUAAAUUGUCGCUUCCAAGCAGUAUAAAUCCUUAAGUAGCUCAUCCUCUCCAGGUCCUGUUGUUGCAUACCAGUUUACAUGGAUUGAGGGGACCAUUUUAUACAUUACUAAUACAUGAAUUGUAAUUGUGUCCUUCAUUUCAGUUCAGACCUUUCAUGGUACCUUUCAGUUAGUAUCAAAAUGUGGAAAUAUUAAGCUAAGCUGAACACACAACUCAUUUUCACUGGGAUUCUUUCCUUUGCUGCCCACAGAAUGUUAGGGUAUUGCUGUCAGGGCAAGUUUUAGAGGCAGAGAAUUAUUAAUAUUUAAGAAAAGCCUAUAGCUUUGAUGGUUUAGAUCCCUGGCUGACUUAUAGAAGAACAUGCAUUCCUUUCUCCUCUAUCUGAAAAAUUACUGAGUGCCUGUAAAUUUCAUUAGCACAAGGGCAGUGAAGAGCUCCUUGUGGGAAACAGCACUGAUGUAUAUUUUUAGAAAUCAUGAGGUCUCUUGUAGUUCACAAAUAGGACCAAGUUCCUAACACAACACUUGGCUUCAAGACAAAACCUGUAAGCAUUACAAACCUACAUCAUGUGAGGAAUUUUCCUAACAGAGGGCCUGCUUCUGCUACCUCUGAAGUUAAUACUUGUUUGGCCACUGAUUUCAGUGGGAGUAAAACGAGAUUGAAGAACAUAUGGAAACCUGCAGAUCUGUAUUAAAGACUAACCUUCAAAUGUUCAGUAUUGAAGUAUCACCUCCCUAUGGAUGAGACAUGCCUAGUGAAGCCUCUCACAAAGAAUUUUCUAAGGAAUUAUAUAAGGCACAACAGCUGGAUUCAUAGCUGUCAGUCACCUGUGAACUAAGAGCUGAUGUUUAUGAAAGGAGUUGACUUGUUUUCAAGGAAAAUGAUAAAUAUUUUUGUCAUUUGCACAUAUGAGUGAUUGGUUACACACAGACCCUAUGCAAUAUCCUCUCUCUUGAACAUGGUGUUACACAUUGUUUUGAAAAAAUAAGCACAGCCCAACUUUUUAAUUGUGAGAAUUCUGCCCAAAAGAAUGUGCAGAAGACAGAGCAACUUUAUAACAACGGUCAGUGCCACAUUGCUGUGAAAUGAGUUUCAAAUUGUAAAUUGAAAUGUGUGUGUGACUGGCUCCAUGCUCUUAAGAGAUGUCAAAACCUAGAGAGUGAGUUUCUUGAGUUUGCUGUUGGAAAAUAUAUGAUUUAUUACUAUUUUUAUUUUAUUUAUGAAGUUACAUAGUUCCCUCAAUAUACCGACUGCUUUACAGUACUAAAAAAUUAACCAGUCCCUGUUCCAAAGAACAUCUGGUUUCAAGGCACAAUGAGUACUAAAACAUUAUAAUACAGAGAAAGCAAAGGCUGCUGCGUGGCCGUUAUAGUUGGAAUGCUUCAUGGAAUGAAAAAGAUUUUAGCAACUUAUUAAAGAGGACAGGAAGAGAGUUUGGCACAGGCAUUGACUGGGAGGCUGCUCCAAGUGCAUGCAAGUUCUUUGAUGCAAGGACUGUUUCUUACUAUGGGUUUUUUAACAGUGCCUAACAAAAUAGGCAAUAAUAUAAAUAACAACAACAAUAGGUAUGAUGCCAAAUCCUCAGCUGGUAAAAAUCAGCUUAGCUCCAUGGACUUCAAAGGACCAAUGCAGAGUUACAGCAGCUAAGGAUCCAGUCCCUAGAUUCUGGAGUAGACAAAGAAGAAAAAGAACACUGAUAGGAGAGAAGCAUGAGCCAAGUAUAGGGAGCAGGUGGGUGUACAUUGUAGGCAGAAAUUAAUUUUAAAUCACUGUAGGCUCUGCACUGUAGCUGUCAAGCUGGGAAAAAAAGAAGGUAAAAUCUCUGCAAAAGCUUUUACUGAAUCGAGCCUUAAAAUAGCAAGUAGCUAAAAUAAUAUGAUUAAUUCAUUAUGCCAUCAGGUUUUGGUAUCUUAUUAUGAUCCCAUAUAACAUUUCUUAAUUAUCCAGUGUGAGGAAGGGCAUGCAGUUUCGUAAUUAUGGUUAAUUUAAAUAGUUUCUCUUUUACUGUGACUUUGAGUUCUUUGUUUAUAUAUUCAUUUUAUCUGAGCAAAUUCCCAGGUUGGGGGGAGGGUGGAGUAGUUUGGAGGGCAUAUCUGGAUAACUUUUUGAUUCAUUAUAAUAAAUAUAUAACAAAUGAAAGAAAGGGAAGUUGACAUUAAUGAAUAUAAAUCUGAAGUUAGGAAUUGUAGAAUAUUCAUAAGGGAAGCAGAGACACACAAGGAGAAAUUUAUGGCCCGCUGAAUUAAGUACAAUAAGAAGGAGUUUUUAAAAUGUAUUAGGAAUAAAAAGAAUCCUGACAAUGGUACUGGACCAUUACUAGAUAGAAAUAGUAAAAUUAUCACUAGUAAUGCAGAAAAGACAGAAGUGUUCAAUCAAUAUUUCUGUUCUGCAUUUGUGGGUAAAACAGAUGAUAUAGUUUCAGCAUGUGGUGAUGAAAACACUCUUUCCAUUCCACUGGUAUCUCUGGAGGAUGUUAAGCAACUAAAGUUAGAUAUUUUCAAAUCAGCAUGGCUAGAUAACUUGCAUCCAGGAGUUUUAAAAGAACUGGCUAAGGAGCUAGCUGGACUGUUACUGUUUACUUUCAAUAAGUUUUGGAGCACUAGGGGAAGUUCCAGAGGACAGAAAGAAGGCCAAUAUUAUGCCAGUUUUUAAAAGGGUAAAUGAGAUGACCUGAGUAAUUAUAGGCCUGUCAUCCUUACGUGGAUCCUAGGCAAGAUAAUGGGAUGACUGAUACAAGACUUAAUUAAUCAAGAAAUAAAGGCAAAUCAACAUGGAUUUAUGGAAAAUAAAUCCUGACAAGCUAACAUUAUAUAUUAUUUAAAUGAGAUUACAAGUUUGGUUGAUAAAGGUAAUAGUGCUGACGUAAUAUAGUUAGACUUCUCUAAGGUACUUGACUUAGUACCAGAUGAUAUUUUGGUGAAAAAAAUAGAAUGAUAUAAAAUUAACAUGGCACACAGUAAAUGGAUUAAAAACUGGCUAACUGAUAGGUCACAGAAUUUAAUUGUAAAUGGGGAAUCAUCAUCAAGUGAAUGUCUCUCCAAUGGGGUAAGUUCUUGGUCUUAUGCUAUUUAACAUUCUUAUCCAUGACCUAGAAGAAGACAUAAAAUCAUCACUGAUAAAGGUUGCAGAUGACACGAAAAUUGAGAGUGGUAAAUAAUGAAGAGGACAGGUCACUGAUACAGAGAGAUCUGGAAUGCUUGGUAAACUGUGUGCAAGCAAACUGUGUUUUUUAAUAUGUCCAAAUGUAAAUGUAUACAUCUGGGAGCAAAGAACUUAGGCCAUACUUAUAGAAUGGGAGAUUCCAUCCUGGGAAGCGGUGACUUUGAAAAAGAACUAGGGGUUGUGAUGGAUAAUCAGCUGAAUGUGAGCUCCUCGUGCAACACUGUGGCCAAAAGAGGUAAU